AUGGCGCCCCGAAUACCAGCAUCAGUGAGAAGCUUCCCUCGCUUCGCGCAACAAUGCGCCCUCUGCGCCGGACGCAGUACCACCCUUAAUGUCCCGGCGACCCGCCAAAUCGCAACAUCCUUUCUCGACAAGGUCGCAGCAGGCGAACAGCGAUGGGAAGAGAGGGCGCAAAAGAUCUCAUCCGGCGAGAUCGCCCACCCGUGGGAUGUCCUGAACGAGAGAGGCUACAUCAAAGACGUCGCUGGCAACCCCGACCGAAUUAGAGAGAUCCUGCGCAUCAAGCGAGUAGGAGGCUAUGUUGGCGUUGACCCCACCGCCGACUCGAUGCACGUCGGACACUUACUCCCCAUGAUGGCCUUGUUCUGGAUGUGGAUGCAGGGCUACCCGGCUGUCCUGCUGCUGGGAGGCUCUACCGCGAGGAUAGGGGACCCGACCGACCGCAUGGACUCGAGAAAGGUGCUCUCCAACGCCGAGAUUGGCAAGAACAUCACCAAGAUUCACUACCAACUGGGUCGGCUGUGGGAUAACGUGGUCAAAUUGAGGGAGAAGUACGGCUACGAGGACGACUGGGCCGCCAAGAGGGCGCUGUACAACAACAAUAUGUGGUUGGGCAACUUGACGCUGUACGAUUUCAGCAAACGACUGGCGAGGAACAUGCGCAUGGGCCCUCUCCUCAGCCGCGACACUGUCAAGCGCAGGUUGAACGAGUCCGAGGAAGGCAUGUCUCUCGGCGAAUUCAUGUACCCUCUUCUCCAGGGGUGGGAUUUCUGGCAUCUCCACAACAAACAGAAUGUGCAAUUCCAGAUUGGCGGCUCGGACCAGUACGGCAACAUCGUCUCAGGUAUCGAGGUGCUGAAGACGGUCCGCGAAUCCGAGGAGGCACCCCACUUCAAGAUGGACAACAGCUGGCAGAAUGAGCCGUUUGGUUUCACCGUGCCCCUGCUGACCGACUCCUCGGGGGCCAAGUUCGGCAAGAGCGCUGGCAAUGCCGUGUGGCUCGACGAGUUCAAGACGUCGCCCUUUGAGCUGUACGGGUACUUCAUGCGCCGGCCCGACGAAGAUCUCGAGAAGCUGCUCAAGCUCUUCACCUUCAUGCCCCUUAAAAGAAUCUCGCAGAUCAUGGAGGAGCACAUGCGGGAGCCCUCAAAGCGCAUCGCCAACCAUCACCUCGCCUUCGAGGUUCUGUCGCUUGUGUACGGCUCGCAGCGCGCCUUGCAAGAGGCCCAGCAGCAUCAGUUCCGCUUCGGCGGUGAGCUGCCCACGAUCGACAAGGUCCCGUCCGAUGAGAGCGGCAUCAUCACCUCAAACAACGCCCCUCGCUCCGACAUUCAGCUGCCCCAGUCUGUCAUGAAGCUGCCGCCGGCCAAGAUCCUCCACGCAUGCGGCCUGGCCAGCAGCGCCAGCGACGGGCAUCGCCUCCUCACCAAGAAGGGAGCCUACGUUGCCGCCCAGCCCGGCCAGCGUCGCGGUCUGGUCCCCGGAAACCUCUCAUGGACGCCCAUGGAGCUGUGGUAUCCCGAAGACAGCCUCAAGUUCCUCAUCGACGACAAGCUCCUCAUACUCCGCAAGGGCAAGCACAAUGUGCGCAUCAUCGAGCUUGUCCCCGACGAGGAGUGGAAGGCGAGCGGCAAGGUCUACCCCGGCGAGCCCUACACGGGGACACUGCGCCGCGUCGUGAAAAAGCUCAAGGAGGACUACGCAGCCAAGGGCGAGGAAGUGUCCGAGGCGGAGAUCCGCAGGAUGCUCAAGGAGCUCAAGGACGCGGACGCCCCCACUGUCGCCAACAACCCCAACAUUGAGCUGCUCUCCAAGGCCGAGAUGCGUCUCAAGAAGACCGAGGAGAAGGUGGAAAAGGCCAAGAGCCGGUCGUCGUGA